GCCAUCCUCGUUUUCUGUACAGUAGUUUAUAACCCAGUCGUUGUGAAAAAGAAAAUAACGCUUUCACUAAUCGCGGAGCCAUUCACAUCCAAGCUACAUCCCAAAGAUCCAAGACUGCUCGGCGCAGCGUGCCUGGGGAGGGGACGCAGGGUGGAGCUUGAGGUCACAUGACUAGCUAGGGCUGACCCGCCUCCUGCAGCUGAAGACUUCCCCUCCCUCGGUGACAGAGCCUCUGGGUCCCGUGUAGGUACUGAUACUGCACUUGGCGCCGGGGCAGGUGAGGUGCGACAGGUAAAAUUAACACAAUGGAUUUCUCCAAGCUACCCAAAAUACGUGAUGAAGAUAAGGAAAGCACAUUUGGCUAUGUACAUGGAGUCUCAGGGCCUGUGGUUACAGCCUGUGACAUGGCAGGUGCAGCCAUGUAUGAGCUGGUGAGAGUGGGUCACAGCGAGCUGGUUGGAGAGAUUAUUCGAUUGGAAGGUGACAUGGCUACCAUUCAGGUGUAUGAAGAAACUUCUGGUGUCUCUGUUGGAGAUCCUGUACUCCGCACUGGCAAGCCCCUCUCAGUAGAGCUUGGUCCUGGCAUUAUGGGAGCUAUUUUUGACGGUAUUCAGCGACCUCUAUCGGAUAUCAGCAGUCAGACCCAAAGUAUCUACAUCCCCAGAGGAGUAAAUGUGUCUGCUCUUAGCAGAGAUAUCAAAUGGGAGUUUACACCCAGCAAAAAUCUACGGGUUGGUAGUCAUAUCACUGGUGGGGAUAUUUACGGGAUUGUCAAUGAGAACUCACUCAUCAGACACAAAAUCAUGUUACCCCCACGCAACAGAGGAAGCGUGACUUACAUCGCACCUCCUGGGCAUUAUGACGCCUCUGAUGUGGUCCUGGAGCUUGAGUUUGAAGGUGUGAGGGAGAAGUUCAGCAUGGUCCAAGUAUGGCCUGUGCGCCAGGUUCGGCCUGUCACUGAGAAGCUGCCAGCCAAUCACCCCUUGCUCACUGGCCAGAGGGUGCUUGAUGCCCUUUUUCCGUGUGUCCAGGGAGGAACUACUGCUAUUCCAGGUGCUUUUGGCUGUGGGAAGACUGUGAUUUCACAGUCUCUAUCCAAGUACUCCAACAGUGAUGUGAUCAUCUAUGUAGGAUGUGGUGAAAGAGGAAACGAGAUGUCGGAAGUUCUCCGGGACUUUCCUGAGCUCACUAUGGAAGUCGAUGGUAAGGUCGAGUCGAUCAUGAAGAGGACAGCGCUGGUAGCCAAUACCUCCAAUAUGCCUGUAGCUGCGCGAGAAGCCUCCAUUUACACUGGAAUUACGCUAUCAGAGUAUUUCCGGGACAUGGGCUACCACGUCAGUAUGAUGGCUGACUCUACCUCUAGAUGGGCUGAGGCCCUCAGAGAAAUCUCUGGUCGCUUAGCAGAAAUGCCUGCAGAUAGUGGGUACCCUGCAUAUCUCGGUGCCCGGCUAGCCUCUUUCUAUGAACGAGCAGGCCGAGUGAAAUGUCUUGGAAACCCUGAAAGAGAAGGAAGUGUCAGCAUUGUAGGAGCAGUUUCUCCACCUGGUGGUGAUUUUUCUGAUCCAGUCACAUCUGCUACUCUGGGUAUUGUUCAGGUGUUCUGGGGAUUAGAUAAGAAGCUCGCUCAACGCAAGCACUUCCCGUCUGUCAACUGGCUCAUCAGCUACAGCAAGUACAUGCGUGCCUUGGACGAGUACUAUGACAAGCACUUCACAGAGUUUGUUCCUCUGAGGACCAAAGCUAAGGAGAUUCUGCAGGAAGAAGAGGAUCUGGCAGAAAUCGUGCAGCUUGUGGGAAAGGCGUCUUUAGCAGAGACAGAUAAAAUCACUCUGGAGGUAGCAAAACUCAUCAAAGAUGACUUCCUACAACAAAAUGGGUACACUCCUUAUGACAGGUUCUGCCCAUUCUAUAAGACAGUGGGGAUGCUGUCCAACAUGAUCUCAUUUUAUGAUAUGGCCCGUAGAGCUGUUGAGACUACUGCCCAAAGUGACAAUAAAAUCACAUGGUCCAUUAUCCGGGAGCACAUGGGGGAAAUUCUCUAUAAACUUUCCUCUAUGAAAUUUAAGGAUCCAGUGAAAGAUGGUGAGGCAAAGAUCAAGGCCGAUUAUGCGCAACUUCUGGAAGAUAUGCAGAAUGCAUUCCGUAGCCUUGAAGACUAGAACUGUGACUUCCUCCUCUUCCUCAGCAAGCUCAUGUGUAUAUUUUCCUGAAUUUCUCAUCUCAAACCCUUUGCUUCCAUAUUGUGCAGCUUUGAGACGAGUGCAUCUGUGUGUUAUCAUUUGUUUUGCUGUUUCUUUGGUAGGUCAUAUAAAACAAACAUUCCCUCGUUCCAGUGUUUGAAGGGCUCCCCGGCCUCUGUCUGAAGUGCUGAGUGUAGUGCACAGGAUACAUGAUGGCCACGCUACUGUAAGCCUGCACGUAAGGUGACUGCC